GAACAAAAUGCAGGGUAUCAAAACUAACAAUUAUAACCCAAAAUAAAUCUUAAAUUAUAAUCUCUAGUCACUCCACACAUAAUCACACUCUCAAUUCCCCUCUCCUUCAAAAGAUAUAUCUAUCUUUUCCUCCUUUUGUCUUCCUAAUUUGUCACUUGAUCCCCUGGAGUGGAGGGAACUCAAAAGAUCAAAGAUGAGAUAGUUCUUAGGCAGGAUGGGGAGAGGUAAGGCUCUGAUCAAAUGGUGGGACAUAUAAUUUGACAAAUGCCAGAUAUUUUCACAAGAGACCUCAAUAACAAUAAUAGUCCAUGUGGCAUGUUUGUGAUAUAACUACAAAAGGCAUAAUAUAUAUGUCAGUGUCACAGGAAACAAAUAUUUGCAUCGUGCAGGUAUACAAAGGCAUCAUUUACAUAUAUAUUCUAGUAUUUCGGUACAUCUAUUCCCUUCCAGUUGGAAAAUGGGAAAAACGAGAAAGAGGAAUAAACGAGAGAUGUAGACGAAAUAAAGGAAGGCAGAUAAUAAAAGUAGAUUAAGACAAAGUUAAAACAUGUGUAAAUAGUAGAAAGGACCACUUCGAAUGAGCUGAUAAAAAAAGUGAUAUGUAUAUAAACGGUGUAUGUUUGUGUCUUGUUUUAAUGUGUUUAAAAUAAAAAACUUUUUUAAAAAAAGCUGCCGCGGUGGGGAAAGGGACAAUUAUUACCCCGCAUCUGGCUACUUUACAUAAUCUUCCUAUUCUCCCUUCAACCACCACCAACCACCACCCUGGGAGGCGGCUGGGCUGAGAGGCAACCGGCCGAAAUAAAAGGGAGCAAAAGCUCCGCUCUCUGCCCAGGGCGGCCUUCAUCCCUCAGGAACUGCGCCGGGAGGCAGGGGCCGCUUCCGGCGAAAGGCUUCCGGGCUUCCGCGAGGCGGUGCGCGGCCCCGAAGGCCCCUCGGCAGCCCGUGACGGCGGCUGGAGGCGGUUGGCGGCCCCUCGCCAGGCCAUGAGCGGCAGCGAGGCAGCGCGGCUGCUGGACGCCGUCGAUUUCGCGGCCCGCAAGCACUCGGCGCAGCGGCGCAAGGACCCGGAGCGGACGCCCUACAUCAACCACCCCAUCGGCGUGGCGCAGAUCCUGGCGCGGGAGGCCGGCGUGACGGACGUGGCGGUGCUGCAGGCCGCGCUGCUGCACGACACGGUGGAGGACACGGACGCCACCUUCGCGGAGCUCGAGCAGCGCUUCGGGCCGGAGGUGCGGCGCCUGGUGGAGGAGCUGACCGACGACAAGGCGCUGCCCCGGGCCGAGCGGAAGCGGCUGCAGGUGGAGCGCGCGGCGGGGCUCAGCGCGGGCGCGCGGCUGGUGGCCUUGGCCGACAAGCUGCACAACCUGCGCGACCUGCGCCGGCGCGCGCCCGAGGGCUGGUCUGAGCAGCGCGUGCGCGAGUACCUCUCCUGGGCCGCGCGCGUGGCCGACGCCCUCCGCGGGAGCUGCCCGGCCCUGGAGGAGCCCCUGUGGGAACUGCUGGCCGCCGGGGGCGCCGCGCGCUAG